AUGCGAGAAAGGGGAGUUUUUAACGAUUGUGGCGAGUGUGAAGGAACAGAGGAACAGGGGGAGCAAAAGGGGCGACGAAGAUGGCAAAAUAACGGGAUCGGAGGGGAAGGACGUCAGAAAAUCCUGUCAUUCGACUGUGCUGUGUCGAAAACACGGGUAUGGAGAAAAGAAGAUUUUGGUUCGGGGGCUGGUGAAGAUCGGCAGGAGAAGGGCGUGUUCGACGUGGGCAAUGGUGGUGAUAGCCGAAUUGAGGCUAGAAUGUGGGCCAAAUGUUUGGGAUGCGACAGCAGAGCAGUAGGAGAAAUGGAGACACAGGUCUUUGUCGUUUCCUUGCGCGGUGUUCUAACCGGCGACGAGGAUGGAAACGAGGUGGAUGUUGAGAUACCACUCUUAUUUCAUAAAUAUCGGUGGCAUGAGAGAUACCCGGAUAUAAAAAUACGUUUUAUGUUUCAGGUUUUCCAACGCUACCUCACCUUUUGCGGCAUAGGCAUUCAAAAUGCGCAACUCUUUGAAAUGUCUGUGCUGGAGUUCCGGCGCAAUCAGAUCCUGCUCAACCUGGCGCGCAGCAUCUUCGAGGAGCAGAACAACCUGCAGUGCCUGGUGACGCGCAUCAUGACGGAGGCCCGCGACCUGCUCAAGUGCGAGCGCUGCGCCGUCUUCCUGCUCAACACCGACUGCAGCGAGGCGCGGGCGGCCACGCAGGAAGCGUGGGCCCCGGAGACGGGCCAUCGGCGGCCGCCGACUUCGCCGCCCGCCGCCCGCCGCCCGCGCAUGCGCCCCCCGCCCCCGCCCUGCUUCGCCUUACGGCGAACCACUGCCCACCGCCCGCCGCCCACCACCCGCCGUUUGCCGCCCGCCCAGCCCCGGCAGUAUCCCGCGGCCGCCGCCCCCCGUUUGCUGCCCGCCGCCAAGCCGCCGCGCCCCAACCCUCCGUCGCCCAAAUCGCAGCCCGGCCGCCCGCCGCAGCCCUUCGCAGCCCGUCGGUCCGCUGACCUCUGA